CCUCCUAGAUGCUGAUAGGUCCUCGGCCUGAGUCGUCAUUCCUCCCCUGCGAUGCGAUUGGCUGCCCCGUGAUAGCGACAGAAUGGGCAGAGGAGGCUCGUCUGGCCUGAUGCAAGGGAGGAGGGAGGACAAGGGAGGACGGGCAGGUGGAGUGGCGAGGGCAGGUGCGCCCCGUCCUCGCGCCUGCUGAUCGGGCUGCUGGCACGCUGAGCCGGGAGGAGGCGCCGGCGGAGGCGCUGCUACUGCUGCUGCUGCUGGGUCCAGGUGUGGCGGCUGAAGACGGCCUGCUUGCCUAAGCAGACCAAUGUGCAGGGCUGACUGGUAGUGGCAACUCUCAACAGGCGCUCUCUGGUCUGCACCAGCUGAAGAGGACAAUGGACCGGCUGAGGGUUCCCUGCACAAAAGAGCUGGAAUUUGGAGGCGUUCUAGGGGCUGCCCUCCUUAUCCUCCUAAUGCCCACCACCGUCUUCUACCUGCUGCUGACUUGCAGGACGGAGCAGGCCAGCCUGUUGAAUUUCUUCCCAGCUUUGCCCAUGCUCCGCUCCCUGUGGGACCCCCAGGACUUUGUGCUGGUCGUGGCCUGGAUAGCACUGCAAGCGCUGUUGUAUGUGCUACCAAUGGGGAAGAUUACAGAAGGGAUCACCCUUCGAGACAAGAGUCGGCUGCAGUACCGUAUCAGUGGGUCCUAUUCCCUGGGAGUCACAGCGCUGGUGGUGGGAGCCAGUCUGGCUGCAGGACUGCGUCUCAGUUAUGUCUAUGACCAUUUUCUGCAAAUGGCCUUCUCUGCCUCCCUUGUGGCCUUUGGACUCAGCAUCUUCCUCUACCUCAAGGCCUUGCUUGCCCCAGAGACGGCCCUGGCUCCAGGCGGAAAUUCAGGAAACCCGAUUUAUGACUUCUUCAUGGGCCACGAGUUGAAUCCGCGCAUUGGCACCUUUGACCUGAAGUACUUCUGUGAGUUGCGCCCAGGUCUCCUUGGAUGGGCCCUGAUCAACAUGGCCAUGUUAGUGAAGGAGACGGAGCUGAGGGGAAACCCUUCCUUGGCCAUGAUCCUCGUUAAUGCCUUCCAACUUCUUUAUGUGGUGGAUGCCUUCUGGCACGAGGAAGCCAUUCUUACCACUAUGGACAUCACCCAUGAUGGUUUUGGCUUCAUGCUGGCUUUCGGGGACUUGACUUGGGUGCCAUUUUUGUACAGCCUCCAGGCUUACUUCCUGGUAACUCACCCACAGAAGCUGAGCCUGCCCAUGACUGGGGGCAUCAUCCUGCUAAACGGCCUCGGCUACACCAUCUUCCGUGGCGCCAACUCCCAGAAGAACACCUUUCGCCGGAAUCCCGCUGACCCCAAAGUCGCUGGACUCAGGACCAUUCCCACGGCCACAGGACGGCGGCUGCUGGUGUCAGGCUGGUGGGGGUUUGUGCGGCACCCCAACUACUUAGGAGACCUGAUCAUGGCUUUUGCAUGGUCCUUACCCUGUGGCCUGACCCACAUCCUGCCUUAUUUCUACGUCCUCUACUUCGCCGUGCUGCUGAUCCACCGGGAAGCCCGUGACGAGCACCAGUGUCUGCGCAAGUAUGGCCUUGCGUGGCAGGAAUAUUGCCGCCGUGUCCCUUACCGGAUCUUUCCAUACCUCUACUGACUCACUGCUUGGCCCCUGAAUGGUCGUCACGGUCACAGUGAUGCAGAUCCACCCUUUCUGCCUGGUCCGACCCUGUGGAGGCAUCUCAGCUGGUGAGAGAAGCAGCUGCUGCCGUUGCCCCCCCCCCAGUCCCAGCAACCAUGCAGAAGCCUCCGCUUCAUU